GUAAGCAUGUGCGGCUCUUAUCCAAAGCUGGGCCAGACUCUGGUCCUGCUCUGCAAUUCCAGUUGGAUCUCUGACAUGGAGGAAAUGCUGUCCUUCCGGGAUGUGGCCAUUGAUUUUUCUCCAGAAGAGAGAGAAUGCCUGGAGCCUGCUCAGUGGGAUCUGUACAGGGACGUGAUGCUGGAGAAUUACAGCCACCUUGAUUUCCUAGGUCUUGCUGUUGCUAAACCAUACUUGGUAACAUUUCUGGAGCAAAACCAAAGGUCUUCGGGUGUGAAAAGCCAAACAUCAGCCACCAUUCCUCCAGGAACAACAGGCAAUGAAUUUAACAAUCACAAUGAGGCCAUUGAUCACAACUCUCUAAGUAUGCAAUGCCAGAGAAUUCAUACAGGAGAGGAACCCUACUACUUUGAAGACUGUGGUAAGGCCCUUAGUUCUCAGGCAACACUUUCUGUACUCCAGAGACGUUAUAGUGGAGACAAACCCUACAAAUGUAAAGAAUGUCAUAAAACACUUAGCAGUCGCUCAUCACUUUUAAUACACCAGAAAUAUCAUACUGAUGAGAAAACCUACAAGUGUGAAAAAUGUGGCAAAGGGUUUUUCCGUUCCUCAGAUCUUCAGCAUCAUCAAAAAAUUCAUACUGGAGAGAAACCAUACAAAUGUGAAGAGUGCGACAAAGCCUUUCUUCAUCACUCAUAUCUUAGGAAGCACCAGGCAGUUCAUACUGGAGAGAAACCCUACAAGUGUGAAGAGUGUGGAAAUUCAUUUUACUAUCCUGCAAUGCUGAAGCAGCAUCAAAGAAUUCAUUCUGGAGAGAAACUUGACAAGUGUGAAGAAUGUGGGAAAGUAUUUUCCUCUGCUUUCUUUCUUAACCAGCAUAAGGGAAUUGAUUCNAUAGAGAAAAGGUACAAGUGUGAAGAGUGUGGCAAAUCCUUUUGCUAUCGUUCAUACCUNAGGGAACAUUACAGAAGGCAUUCUGGAGAAUAUCCCUACAAGUGCGAAGAAUGUGGAAAAGGGUUUUCCCGUUCCUCAAAGCUUCAGGAACAUCAAACAAUUCAUACUGGAGUUAAACCUUACAAGUGUGAAGAGUGUGGGAAAUGUUUUUCCUCUUUUACGUCCCUUAAAAGACAUCAAAUCAUCCAUUCUGAAGAUACUCCCCAUGAGUGUGUAGAAUGUGGCAAAAGGUUUUCUAGUUCUUCCCGCCUUCAGGAACAUCAGAAAAUUCACACGGAAGAGAAGCCAUACAAAUGUGAGGAAUGUGACAAAGCCUUUCUUUAUCACUCGUUUCUUAGGAGACACAGAGCAGUUCACACUAGAGAGAAACCCUACACGUGUGAAAAGUGUGGAAAAUGUUUUUCUUCCUUUACAUCCCUGAAAAGACAUCAAAUCCAUUCCAUAGACAUUUCCCAUGAGUGUGUAUAAUGUGGCAAAAGAUUUUCUAGUUCUUCCCACCCACAGGAACAUCUAGAAGUUCAUACUGGAGAAAUCAUACACAUAUGAAGACUGUCACAAAGCCUUUCUUUAUCAUUCAUUUCUUAGGAGACUCGAGGAAGUUCACAGAGAGAAACCAUAGAAGUGUGAAGAGUAUGGGAAAUGUCUGUUCUUUUCUUCAAUCCUUAAAAGACAUCAAAUAAUUCAUUAUGAAGUCAGUCUCUACAAGUGUGGGGAAUGUUUAAAGCUCCUUGUAUGCUAUCUACUCUUUUUUUAUAAGUUCUUUUUUUUUUAAGAUUUAUUUAUUAUUUAUUAUAUGUAAGUACACUGUAGCUGUCU